CUGGGGUGGGCGUGAGCCUCAGCGCCCGCCCUCCGGGCCGCGGCCCGGCCCCUUUAAGCGCAGGCCCCGCCCGGUCCGAGCCGCUGCCACCACCGCCGCCGCCAUCAUGAUCUGCCUGGUGCUGACGGUGCUGGCCCACCUCUUCCCGGCGGCCUGCGCCGGCGUGCACGAGCGCACCUUCCUGGCCGUGAAGCCCGACGGCGUGCAGCGGCGGCUCGUGGGCGAGAUCGUGCGGCGCUUCGAGAGGAAAGGCUUCAAGCUGGUGGCGCUGAAGCUGGUGCAGGCCUCGGAGGAACUGCUGCGUGAGCACUACGCCGAACUGCGCGAGCGCCCCUUCUACGGCCGCCUGGUGGACUACAUGGGCUCGGGGCCGGUGGUGGCCAUGGUGUGGCAGGGGCUGGACGUGGUGCGCGCCUCGAGGGCCCUCAUCGGGGCCACGGACCCGGCCGACGCGGCGCCCGGCACCAUCCGCGGGGACUUCUGCGUCGAGGUUGGCAAGAACGUGAUCCACGGCAGCGACUCGGUGGAGAGCGCCCGCCGCGAGAUCGCCCUCUGGUUCCGCGGCGACGAGCUGCUGUGCUGGGAGGACAGCGCCGGGCACUGGCUGUACGAGUAGCCCUGCCCGCGGGCCCCAGGGGCCGUCCGGUUUGCGACCCGCCUGGAAACGCACUCGGGCCAGCGCUGAGGCUGGCCGGCACUUCUGUUUACAAUAAAGUGAAGUGCUUAUGCUCACCUUGGUCUGGGCCCAGGGACACAGA